GCCGCGCACUUCGCGAAGACGGGCAACGCGGAGCGCCUCGAGGAGCUGUUAGCUCGGCGGGGCGCCAAGGUGACGAUGGAGCGCGACCGCGACACGUCCUGGACGCCCCUCUUCUUCGCGAGCCGCGAGGGCAACUACGAGUGCGUGAAAGUUCUUUGCGCCUACGGCGCGGACACGAGGGCGGUGGACCCCAAGGGCCAGACGCCGUUGCAUCUCGCGGCGAACUUCGCGUCGAAGGAGAUCUGCGGGUGCCUGCUGGAGCACGGCGCGCCCAUCGAGCACGAGGACUUUUACGGCCUCACCGCCAUC